AUGCAGCUGUUUCAGCUAAUAGAUCUGACAGCCCCUUGGGUAUUCCUAUAUAUAAGAGCUGGGAGGCACUGUAAGCCAGGUUGGGGAGUCCGUCCUCCAUCGUGUUCUGAUUCUAAUCGUCACUGUAUACACGCUACGAAACGGCUCCUGUCCAUAAAUCAUUACCAAGAUGGCGCACGGCGGUUUGCGAUACAGUGCAGCCUUCUGCCACUUCAUGAUCUUUGCGUCCUCUGUUAUCGUUACCGGAAUAGUGUCAUACUACCUCAACAAAUACAGAUUCCGAGGGUCUCACAUAGUGUACCAGGAAGUCGUGGUGCAGUAGUGACGAUGCCAAUUUAUCUAAUUGCCAUGAUUUCGCCUCUUUUUAGUAGCUACGAAGGUUACUUCUUGCCUGUCAACUUCAUAUUCUCGUACUUGUGGCUCACGUCAUUCAUCUUCUCCGCCACGGACUGGAGUGGUGUUCUUUGUCGUGAGGCACCCCUGGGCAAGUGUUCGCUGAAGAGAACUGUAGAGUCGUUCAACUUUAUUCUUCUUCUUGGUUUGUAA